UGAAAGUUGUUACAUUAAAUAUGUGCUUUAAGGUUCUGAAUAUAUACAUGAAAGUUUAAAUAUAGCUGCAAAUAAUGUCAAAUAUUGCAACUGCAAGAAUUCAACGAGAAUUUAAAGAAGUUAUACGCAGUGAAGAAGUUUCAAAGAAUAACAUCAAAUUAGAGUUAGUCGAUGGUGCAAGUUUUACUAAAUUAAAAGGUGAAAUUGUUGGCCCACCAGACACACCAUAUGAAAAUGGAAGGUUCAAGCUGGAUAUAAACAUUCCAGAGACGUACCCAUUUAAUCCUCCCAAAAUUAAGUUCUUAACAAAAAUAUGGCAUCCUAAUAUCAGUUCUGUUACUGGUGCAAUAUGUUUAGAUGUUUUAAAAGAUCAAUGGGCAGCAGCAAUGACAUUAAGAACAGUUUUGUUAUCAAUCCAGUCAUUGCUUGCUUCUCCUGAGCCUGACGAUCCGCAAGACGCAGUUGUUGCUCAACAGUACAAAGAACAACACGAGGUAUUUUUAAAGACUGCAAAACAUUGGACUAUUACUUAUGCUAAUGGUAGUAAUGAAUUAGAUAAUGAUUGUCAAAUGAAACUUCAACAAUUGUUAGAUAUGGGAUUUGAUAAAGAAAGUAGCAUGAUAGCCUUGUCAACACAUGGUUGGUUAAUAGAAAAAGCAGUAGAGGCAUUGUUUAAUAAAUAAUCAACUUAAAAUAGAUAUGUUUUUCAAAAAGUUUUUUAUAGUAUCAUUGUGCCUUUUCUAUUUAUUAUUGUUUUUACAUGUAUGAGGAUUUGACGCAAACAAAUUCAUACCCAAAUGUGAAACUUUAUUGUUACUGGAAUUUAUAUUUCAAAGGCAUUAA